GGCAGCUGGUGAGAAAAAUAAUAUUUUGGUAUUUCUCGUGUGUUCUGGAGUGUGCAAAUUAUAAAAUGCCGGUGUACGAGUUAUUUAUGAUUCUUCGACAAAUGCCACGGCCCGAACUUGUGGCUGGAGUGAAGAGAGCAGCUGAGAUAAUUCUGGAUAGAGGUGGAGUAAUAAGGACAAUAAACAACAUGGGCACACUGGAUUUGCCCUACAAAAUGAGCUCACAAGAGAUUGUACAUCGUGUAGGAACGUACUUUACAGUGGAAUUUAGUGUCCCUCCCACGCAGAUUGAAGAUAUUGAUGAGGAGUACAGUAGAGACGUAGAUAUAAUCCGGAGAGGAUUCUUCAAGAUGGAAAGUGAACUAGAUAAGCCAGUUGUCAAGAAAUGCACUUUGCACGAAGAACUACUGCCACCAGCCUACCGCAAGGAAGUACAGGAAAUGAUUGCAAUCGCCAAUAGGAGGAAGAAGCCAAAGUUCCAAUACAAUUCCGGAUUGGAUUAUUACCCAUUCGCCAAGUAGGCAAAAAUGUUUCUUCUUUCAAUAUAGACUUUUUAUUACAA